GACAAAAUUUUUAAUUAAUUUUUUACGUCGUGUAUUCUGUUCAAAACAUGUAAUUUUUUCUUAUUUUUGCUUUCAAAAACAUGUCAAAAAUAAGACAGAAUUUACAGCUUUCUAACAUAUGAUGACUAUUGAUAACAAUUUAUCAUGAUCAAACAAUCACUACACGUAAACAUUAUUAUCUUUUUUGGAUGACUGUCAAAAUAUGCAUCCUCUGUUGCAUUAUUUUUAGAUUGCAUCAUACAGUUUACAAAUUUGUGUUCCGUGAGGUCAAAACAGUUUAUUUAUAGAAAAGGAGAGAACUGUAGAUAAAUAUUAAUUGGAUGGAUAUCUCCAGACAAAAUAUUUUGUUGUCGCAGUAUCAUUUUGUCCUCUCUCGUAUCAUCGACUUUUCUUUCUAUCUAUACAAAUGCAUAAGUACCUGUUAAUAAAACAAUCAUGUUACAUCAGCGAUAGAUAAGCACGUGACAGAUGAUCUAGAGCACAUGCGCAAUAGGCAAUACGGAAGAUGAAGUCUUAUCACUAAUCCUUGUUUAUCUUAUUUUCGUCUCUAUUUUUGUCACUGGUGACACGCACUUGGUCGAUGAUAAACUAUCAAAAUAUAGCUACUGCGAUAACGGCAAGUCAUACUCGACGCAAUUGCUCAGCAGCAAUAAGAUUCGUGUGAGCUGGACCAGCUCUUACUUUUUCAAGUAUACAAUCUCUGUACAUAUUAACAUAAGAGAAUUUCGCAUCAAUUGUGUACGACAUCGACCAGAUCUCACGGAAUCAAAUUUGUACAAAAAGAGGAAAUUAUGUCACAAAUCAAAGUGCUGGAUGCUGGCUUCUCUACGCAGUUGUCCACCCACGUAGGCGAGAAGAUCGACGGUGAUCCAUUGUGGACCGCACGCUUUCUUGUGACCGACCCGAAUUCAGUCUUUGCUACGCAUUUAGACUUCCUGCGAGCCGGUGCCGACAUCAUCCUGACGAAUACGUAUCAAGCUACGAUCAACGGUUUCGUCAAAUACCUGAGCGUCACCGAGGAAGAGAGUAUCGAGAUCAUCCGCAACGCCGUCGAUUACGCUAAAGACGCUGUAAAUGUUUACAGCAAAGAGAUAGAGGACGACGCGACGAAUCGGAAGCCACUAAUCGCUGGAUCCUGCGGACCUUACGGUGCCUCCUUACACGACGGCUCGGAGUACACCGGCUCGUACUGCCCGGAUGUGUCGCGAGAAUUUUUGAUCGACUGGCACAGACCUCGUAUACGUACCUUGCUGGAAAAAGACGUUGAUUUAUUGGCGAUAGAAACCAUACCAUGUGUACAUGAGGCAGAGGCAAUCAUCGACUUGCUCAAGGAAUUUCCAGAUGCCCGUGCAUGGUUGACCUUCUCCUGUAGAGAUGACGGGAAGAGUCUAGCGGAUGGCAGCAACUUCCAGGAGAUCGCCGUAAAAUGUUACAAGAAUUCACUCCCAGGGCAAAUAUUAGCAGUCGGCAUUAAUUGUAUCGCCCCGCAAUACGUUACCACCUUGUUGAAGGGCAUCAAUCGAAACAGUUCGGACGAUCUUAUACCGUUGGUGGUGUACCCUAAUAGUGGAGAAAAGUAUGUAGUAUCUGAAGGGUGGAAGAAGGAAGGGGAGGCUCCGUCUUUGCACGAAUUUAUUGACGAAUGGCUGGAUCUUGGGGUCUGCUACAUCGGUGGAUGCUGUAGAACAUAUGCUACAGAUAUAAAAAAAAUUAGAUCCAAAGUGGAUCAGCGGCAAACACAACAUAGAGAUAUAUGAACUUUGCAUUGAAAGUGCCUAUUUCAUGUUUUCCAUGACAAUAAAUUAACAAUGCAAAUCGUGCCAUAAAUACAAAGCAAACUGCUUCGUAUUUUUAAUUAUGUGCCAUAUUAUCAAGAUUUUAAUAAUUUUUUAUUUUGCAAAGAAAAUAAUUGUUAAAUAUAAAUCAAACAUUAUUAAUCUGAUAAAUGUACUCUAUAUGUUUUACUUAUUAAAAAAAACUAUUACAUAAA